AUUGGUAUAAAAAGCCAGAUACGCUUUCAGUUAAUCGUUCAGUUUCAAAUAUUUUCUGUUAACGAAAACAACGACAACUACGACUCAAAGGCAACACCAUGAAACUUAUUUGCAGUAUUUUAAUCCUUGCUGGAGUUUUUGCUCUAAAUGAUGCAUCUGAAAUUCAAAUGCGCAUCGCUCGUGAUAUGUCGACAAUUCAAGAUUUGAUGAGGGUGGAUAAUAAAGCCCAAACCGCAUGUUCCACUUCAUAUCUCGCCGCACUGACUGAAAUAAUGAACGUAUUCAAUACGGCAGAAGCAGGCUGUAGCGAUGCCGCUGAAAACAAAAUAAAAGAACUCAAUGAUGCUGCAGUUGCUAAAUUGACACAAUUUAGCGAAAAGGUUUCUGGCGAAUGUGACAGUUUAAAAACAUGUACGGAAGAAGAAGUGGCUUCAGAUGGUUUGAACUGUUAUGCAACAAAGGGUCUUGACAGCUCCAAGACAUUGUCAUCGAUAUCAACAGAAGCUGCUAGUGCUCAAAUACAGUUAAACAGCGAUAUUGAUAAUGUCCGGGGUAUUGAGAAAGUUUGCAGCCAAAAUGCCUAUGCCAAAUAUUUGGCAGAUUCCGAAGCUGCAGAGGCUGAAUUCGAGGCUUGUCGCCAAGGAAAAACACCUGCACCUGCACCAGCACCAGCACCAACUGAUGCUCCAACACCAGCACCAGAAACAGAAGCACCAGCACCAGCACCUGAGCAAGAGCAAGAAGAGCAAGAGAACCGUGGUAGAAGUUUUGUUCGACGACCAAAUAGAUUUAACAGAUUUUAAAUUUUUAAGCUCAAUGAUUGAAAUCUAUAAUUGAUAAGAUUUUUUGGUGUUUGUCAAAAUUCUAAAUUAAAAAAAAAAAUAUAACAACUUUUUUCUGUAUAAAGGAAA